GGGUCUGAAAAGUAAAGGCGACGGAGGAUACGAGUGGUUUUUAUUCACAUACAGAAGAGCGGACGCUGAAAUGGCUCAAAGCGUCGGGAAAAGCCGCUUACAGGCCGGUUUAUUCACGAAAAAGCAGCGGCGGUCCUAAUCUGGACGGCGAGGGAAACGCAAUAGCUUAGAGACUAAAAAAAGAACUGCAAAUCCCAGAAUUCAUAGCUGAUUUUUUUUUCAAUUGUAGUGUUUUAUCCGAGCGUCUGAGGCAGUCCGUCCUCUGCAGGUACCGGGCUAAAGCGCAGAAAUGGACCGAGGCGGCUGCCAGAUGAAUGGAGGAGGAGGUGGCGGAGGAGGCGGCGGUGGGCCCGACCGACACGGGAUGAUCACGCUGGAGGACCUGGAGUCCUUUUCCGAAGACCAACUGUCAGACUCAGGCAACGGCAGCCUGGAAGAAGAGGGGGAAACUAUGGGAGAGGAAGAGCAAGACCGACUCCUGCACUACUGGCAGGAUGUAGCCAGAGGACAUCAAGUAGAAGUUUCUGAAGAUAUGGCAGAGCCCAUUCAGCAGCUAACCAGCAACAACCAAGGACGCAGCAACAGAGAACACAUCCCCUUCACGCUACUGUCACGGAAAGACAAGUGUGGGGAGGUGCUGUAUGAAAAGCGGCACUACGAAAAAGGCCACUGGGCUUGUAUUACAAUGCGAGAGGACACGUAUGAACAGAGCAUCUGCUACGGUUUUAUGAGGAUAAUGAGAUACAUUUGUGAGCAGAACUCCUUAGGUGACUACCUGGGCAUGACACUCCCCAUUGUGACAGUGGUGCACACAGAUGAGACUCAUUCUGUGAUAUCUAACGAUGUCACUGUAGCGUACUACCUUCCUCUGGACCAUCAAGCCCAGCCCCCUCAACCAUACGACAGUGAGAUCACCAUAGAGGUCUGGCCCGCCGCCGUCGUAUACACAAGGGCCUUCACCGGUCCCACUAAUGAAGUGACCAUCAUUAAUCAGAUCAACACCAUGGCUGAGCUGCUGGAUUCUCCAGGUGUGUGCAUCAACGACUCGUUCAUCGUGGCCGGCUACACCAACCCCGCACACAGCAACCGUCAGAACGAAAUCUGGUUCUUAGAGCGACGCUGAGCGGAUUAAGCAGCCUCCUUAUCUGUGGCCCUCGAGCCUCAUAAGACUCCCUUAUAAGACUCCCUUAACACUGCCCCAGCUUAGCUACAGCCUCAGGUGCAACAACAUCACUUUUACACGUCACCUCUACCUGAAAUGACCACCAGCCUACAGCACACACUCCACACCAGAUGGGGCUCAGAAAACACACACACAUACACAUCUGCACACACAAACAAAAAAAA